AUGCAGGUUCUGCCGCGGGCCCCCCCUCGGUUCCAGCUGCCGCGGGUCCCCCCUCGGUACCGGCUGCCAAUUUGCCUGCUGCGGGUUUGCCUGCCGCGGGCCCCCCCUCGGAUCACAGUGCGGGUUUGCCUGGUGCAGGUUCCCCCUUGGGCCCCCCCUCGGUUCCGGCAGCUGUGGGCCCCCCAUCAGAUCCCGAUCCCGUUGGGGGUGUGCCUGGUGUGGGUUUACCCGGCGCGGUCCCCCCCUCAGAUCCCGGCACGGGUUUACCUGGUGCGGGUUUACCCGGCACGGGCCCCCCCUCCGAUCCCGUUGGGGGUGUGCCUGGUGUGGGUUUACCAGGUGUGGGUUUACCCGAUGCGGGCCCCCCCUCGAAUCCCGGUGCGGGUUUACCCGAUGCUGGCCCCCUCGGAUCCCGUUUGCCUGGCACGGGCCCCCCCUCAGAUCCAGCUGGGGGUUUGCCUAGUGCGGGUUUACCUGGCGCGGGUCCCCCCUCGGCUCCCGGCGUGGGUUUGCCUAGUGUGGGUUUACCCGGCGUGGGCCCCCCUUUGGAUCCCGGUGUGGGUUUGCCUGGCGUGGGCCCCCCCUCGGGUCCCGCCGGGGGUUUGCCUGGAGCAGGCCCCCCCUCAGAUCCCGCCGGGGGUUUGCCUGGAGCGGGCCCCCCCUCAGAUCCCGCCGGGGGUUUGCCUGGAGCGGGUUUGCCUGGUGCGGGUCCCCCCUCGGCUCCCAGUGUGGGUUUGCCUGGUGCGGGUCCCCUCGGCUCCUGGCGUGGGUCUGCCUGGUGUGGGUUUACCUGGUGCUGGUGUUCCGGCAGCUGUGGGCCCCCCAUCAGAUCCCGGUGCGGGAUUGCCUGGUGUGAGUUUACCUGGUGCUGGUGUGCCUGGUGCGGGCUCCCCCUCAGAUCCUGUUGGGGGUGUGCCUGGUGUGGGUUUGCCUGGUGCGGGCCUCCCCUCAGAUCCCGGCACGGGUUUACCUGGCGCAGGCCCCCCCUCAGAUCCUGGUGCGGGUUUGCCUGGUGUGGGUUUACCUGGUGCGGGUUUGCCUGGUGUGGGCCCCCCCUCAGAUCCCGUUGGGAGUGUGCCUGGUGUAGGUUUACCAGGUGUGGGUUUGCCUGGCGCGGGCCCCCCCUCGGAUCCCGGUGCAGGUUUACCCGAUGCGGGCCCCCCUUCGGAUCCUGGCGCGGGUUUGCCUGGCGUAGGCACCCCCUCGGGUCCCGGCAUGGGUUUGCCUGGUGCAGGCCCCCCCUCAGAUCCAGCUGGGGGUUUGCCUAGUGUGGGUUUACCUGGCGCGGGCCCCCUCGCUCCCGCCGCGGGUUUGCCUGGAGCGGGCCCCCCCUUGGCUCCCGGCGCGGGUUUGCCCAGUGUGGGUUUACCCGGCGUGGGCCCCCCUUCGGAUCCCGGUGCGGGUUUGCCUGGCGUGGGCACCCCCUCGGGUCCCGGCGCGGGUUUGCCUGGAGCGGGCCCCCCCUCAGAUCCUGCCGGGGGUUUGCCUGGCGUGGGUUUGCCUGGUGCGGGUCUCCCCUCGGCUCCCGCCGUGGGUUUGCCUGAUGCGGGUCCCCCCUCGGCUCCCGGUGCGGGUUUGCCUGGUGCAGGUCCCCCCUCAGAUCCCGUCGGGGGUUUGCCUGGUGCAGGUUUACCCGGCGCGGGCCCCCCCUCAGAUCCUGGUGCAGGUGUGCCUGGUGUGGGUUUGCCUGGCGAGGGCCCCCCUUCUGAUCCCGGUGCAGGUUUGCCUGGUGUGAGUUUACCUGGUGCAGGUUUGCCUGGUGCAGGCCCCCCCUCGGAUCCCGCCGGGAGUUUGCCUGGUGCGGGUUUACCUGUCGCGGGCCCCCCCUCUGAUCCUGGUGCGGGUUUGCCCGGCGCGGGCCCCCCCUCUGAUCCUGGUGCGGGUUUGCCUGGUUUGGGCACCCCCUCAGAUCCCGGCACGGGUUUACCUGGUUCGGGCACCCCUGGUGCAGACCCCCCCUCAGAUCCUGGUGCAGCCCCCCACCCCCAUCAGACACCCAAGCCUGGCCACCCCUUGGAUCCCCAACCGCAACUGACACCCAGGCCAGGCCACGGCCCUCAUCCUACAUCCAAGCCUGGCCACCCUCGGACCCCGUCCGCGACCGACACCCAGGCCGGGCCACGGCCCCCGUCCCCGACCGACACCCAGGCCGGGCCACGGCCCCGUCCGCGACCGACACCCAGGCCGGGCCACGGCCCCCAUCAUCCACCCAAGCCCAGCCACCCCUCGGGUCCUGGCACUGGCCACCCCUCAGGCCCCCAUCUGCCACCUAAACCGGGCCACCCCUCGGGCCCCCAUCCGCGACCUACACCCAGGCCGGGCCACAGCCCCCAUCCACGACCGACACAAAAACCAGACCAAGGCCCCCAUCCACCACCCAAACCGGGCCACCCCUCGGGCCCCCAUCCGCCAACCAAGCCCGGCCACCCCUUGGAUUACCGUCCGCGACCAAAACCCAGGCCCGGCCACCCCUUGGGUCCUGGCACGAGCCAUGGCCCCCAUCCGCCACCCAAGCUGGGCCACCCCUCGGGUCUCCAUCCACGAGUGACACCCAGGCCGGGCCUCGGCUCCCAUCCGCGACCAACACCCAGGCUGGACUACCCUUCAAGUCAUGGCACUGGCCACAGACCCCAUCCAUCAAGGCCACCGUCCAAGCCAGAGACUGAAGAUUCUUGUGAGAGUAGUGAUCCACAUUUCUUUUUGGAAACGCCAUCUCCCUAUGGAAUUGGUGGUGACUUUGUUAGUGCUGGAGAGAUGAAUGCACUUUCACAUCCACGACCUUCAGGAUGCCGGGUUCCUGAUGAGAUGCACAUUCCUUGUGGUCCUGCUCAUGUGACUCCUGAAGUUUGCCUCUCACUGGGCUGCUGUGCUGAUAUCCAGAAGGCGGUUUGCUUUUACCCCUUGGAAGCUUGCACAAAAGACAGCAACUUUGUGUUUGUGGUUUAUCGUAAUUCAACUUGGCCAGAGAUCAAUCUUCACACCUUGAGAGUUGGUCAGGAGGCAUGUCCUCCCUUGGUGCUGACUGAAGACUUUGCCCUCUUCAAGUUUGGGUUGGGAGAAUGUGGAACAAGUGUGUUUGAAAUAGGAUCUACGAGCCUCUUUAUUGCAGAAGUGCUGGGCACUGUUGUCACUUACAGCCAGGCAUUUGGUGAAAUAAGUCGGCAGUUUCCUUACAAUUUCAAGAUGCAAUGCAGCUAUUCAGAGGGCAGCCUGGUCAGUUUAGGCUACAUAGUGAAGACUUUGCCACCACAGUCUGUGGUGUCCCAUCCCAUAGACCCAGGGGUUCAGCUGAGAGUGGCUAAAGAUAAAUGUUACACCCAGUACUAUCCAGAAACUGGUCUCCCCUUAAGAUUAUUUCUAGGAUCUAGUCUCUAUCUGGAGUUGUGCCUCCUCAAUCCUCCUGAACCCGAUGCAAAGCUACUAGUGAACUACUGCAUUGCUUACCCAAGGUCUUCUGAAGCAGCCUGGGUGCUGAUCUACAAUGGUUGUCCCAACACCUUGGACCCUUCACCUUCACAUCUACAGAAGUCUCCACACAAUCAUUGCCGGAGAUUUGAGGUGAAAACCUUCCAAUUUGUGGACCGUAGAACAAAAGCAUAUUUGGAUGAAGAGAUUUACAUCCUCUGUUCUACAGAGAUCUGCUCACCUAUUGAGACUAGCUGUGAUGGUGCUUGCUUUGAUCAUACAGGGUUACAUGUGUCCAGACUGCUUGAGGAGGAGCAGCAGCAUUCUACUGAGCAUAUAAAAGGGAUCUGAUCUGUGGUGAUGCAAGUUACUGGUUCAUGUUCAAGAUCUAAAUGUAUUGAUUUGAAACUUCAUCUAAAUAAAUAUUUUUCCAC